UCUCUGAUCUCAAUUUUCUUCUUUAUGAUCUUAAAAACUGUUUCUUCUGCAACAAAUCCAAUUUAUCUCUACCACAUAUGUCCAAACACAACAACAUUCUCAAGAAACAGCACUUACUUAACAAAUCUCCGAACUGUUCUUUCAUCUCUCUCCUCUCCAAACGCAGCUUAUGCCUCGCUUUUCGAUAACGCAACCGCUGGUGAAGAGAAUGAUGACAACAGAGUCUACGGCCUUUUCCUCUGCCGUGGAGACGUCUCAGCCGAAAUCUGCCGUGAUUGCCUUGCGUUUGCGGUCAACGAAACGCUUUACAGGUGUCCAAGAGAGAAAGUGGCAGUGAUUUGGUACGAUGAGUGUAUGUUAAGAUACUCUAAUCAAAGCAUCGUAGGGCAAAUGAGAAUUAGACCUGCUGUUUUCUUGACGAACAAGCAAAACAUCACAGAGAAUCAAGUGAGCAGAUUCACCGAGUCUUUGCCUGCUCUGCUCAUCGACGUUGCGGUGAAAGCGGCUUUGAGCUCGAGAAAGUUCGCUACAGAGAAAGCGAAUUUCACGGUGUUUCAAACGAUUUAUAGCCUCGUGCAGUGCACGCCGGAUUUGACCAAUCAAGAUUGUGAGAGCUGUUUGAGACAAGCGAUUAAUUGGUUGCCUAGAUGUUGUGAUCGAAGUGUUGGCGGGAGAGUAAUCGCUCCGAGUUGUAGCUUUAGAUAUGAGCUUUAUCCGUUUUACAAUGAAACUAUAGCUGCGGCUACGAUGGCUCCUCCUCCGUCAACGGUGGCUGCACCACCGCUGAAACUUCCAUCAGAAAAAGGGAAAGGCAAGAGCUCUACGGUUAUAGUAUCCGCGAUCGCUGUACCGGUUUCUGUCUGCCUGUUACUUCUUGGUGCUAUGUGUUGGUUACUAGCAAAAAGAAGGAAUAAGCUCAGUGCUGAAACAGAGGAUUUAGAUGAAGAUGGUAUUACGUCAACAGAAACACUGCAAUUCCAGUUUAGUGCAAUCGAAGCAGCGACAAAUAAGUUUUCAGAAAGUAAUAAGCUUGGUCAUGGUGGAUUUGGUGAAGUUUAUAAGGUGUGGAAGCUUUGGGUGGAGAAUUCCCCAUUGGAGCUAGUAGAUGAAGCAAUGAGAGGGAAUUUUCAAACAAAUGAAGUGAUCAGAUGCAUUCACAUUGCACUGUUAUGUGUUCAAGAUGAUUCUUCAGAGAGACCUUCAAUGGAUAACAUUCUUGUGAUGAUGAACAGCUUCACUGUUACUUUACCAAUUCCAAAGCGAUCUGGGUUUCUUCUUCAAAACAUGAGAGAUUCUAAAGAUCAAUCUGCAGCAAGCAAGUCUUUGCCUUUGUCUGUUGACGAUUCUUCCAUCACUAUUGUUCAUCCUCGUUGACUUCCCCAAUUAGUUCCAGUAAUGUUAUGUUGUAACUAUGUGAAACAAAGCAAGAACUUAUGA